AUGUUCUACCCAAUUACCAAUACAUUCCUUACUUCCCUGGUAUUACUACUCACCACUGUAAAUAGUAGAGCACUACCUCAGGAAGACGGUCAGACACUUGACUCAGCCGCAGUAGAUUCCUCAUCUUUCCCUCCCGUCACAGAAGCUCCUUCAACUACCAUCCCCGAGGCAUCUUCUACCACUAGCACCCCUACCACUGCACCACCGACCACCGACACACCUCAGGUAUUCAUCGAUGCCGAACGUGGUAUCGCAGUGGAUUCGCUGGACCCCUCAGGAGUCUGGGUAGAUGAUAGAUGGAGAGGCUUAGGUAGGAUGUUGAGGGCUUUCCAAUUUAACGAUACUUACUUGACCGAAUAUUUCCAAGCUUCUUUUUACCCCGUGGACAAAGAUUGGAAUAGACGGGAAGGACCGGAUCCUAAUGAGUAUUAUAGUUGGACAACAGGUGCGCCAACUAUGGUAGCUACGUGUACACUCAAGGUAACUGCCAGUCCCACUACAGAUGUGACCUUGUCUAUCAAUACGGCGAGUUUAGCUACGCAAACUCCAAAUGUGGAUGAUGUGGCACAGCUCUCUUGCCGUUAG